GGGCCAGAGUCCGACCCUGACUCAUUCCCCACAACCUCUUCUGGUGCUUAAACCCCAGGCCUGGUCACAGAAAUCAACAACUCUGCUGAGAGUCAGACCAGACCCAAGUUCUGAACCAGAUCGUCAAGAGAAGACUCCUCCUUAGAGAAAACUAUAGGAGAGAGUGGUUCUACCACCACCUCACCUGGUCAUGGAAUACACCAAAGCCAAGGACUAUAUCUCAUCCUUGAACCCUACUUCCUUACUCAGGUCAGUAUCCAGUGUGGGUUCUGAGUUUGGUCGCCGGGUCUGGGCUGCAGCCCCCCCACCGCAACGUCCUUUUCGUGUCUGUGAUCAUAAACGGGCCACUAGAAAAGGUUUGACGGCUUCUACCCGCCAAGAACUACUAGACAAGGCCCUUGAGACCUUGCUACUGAGUGGUGUGCUGACACUGGUGCUAGAGGAGGAUGGGACAAGCGUGGAGAAUGAAGAAUUCUUCCAGAUGCUGGAGGACGAUACAAGCUUGAUGGUCCUGGAGGCGGGUCAGAAGUGGAGGCCUGUCAGAAGCGGGGUGCUCUCCUACGGUCUGGGCCGGGAAAAGCCAAAGCACAGCAAGGACAUUGCCAGCAUCACAUUUGACGUGUACAAGCAGAACCCCCGGGACCUCUUUGGCAGCCUCAACGUCAAGGCCACGUUCUAUGGGCUCUAUUCCAUGAGCUGCGAUUUUCAAGGACUCGGUCCCAAGAAGGUACUCAGAGAAAUCCUGCGAUGGACAUCUACACUUCUGCAAGGCCUGGGAAACAUGCUACUGGGUGUUGCAUCCACCAUUCGCCAUGUAGUGGAAGGUGCUGAGCAGUGGCAUCGUCAACGCCAGCUCCAUACCCACUAAGGACUCUGCCCCACCCUCAGUCUAGGAGAUGGAUUUAGAGUGGAACAGAGAGGAUGUGGUCUCCUUACCUGCACCUACUGCUAAGCUGGACAUGUUCUCUACUAACAUAUAUACCUGAUAUUCUCUCUCCUGCCCUGGUUCCUACAGAGGCCUCCCACACCCACCAUCCCCAGCUACAGCAGCCACCACUGACCAAGGGGCUAUAUCCUAAAUCCUCUAGUAGCUCUUCUCCCUAUCCCUGAGCAGCCCAGGACCUGAUGAUGAGUUACCAAAGGACCCCAUUCCUCCUUUCCCUUUAAUGCUACCUACCCCCUCCAGGGGGAAAGAAAACAAAACAACAAACCUGACACAAAUCUCAUUUCCAAUAAAAAUAGAAAAAUA